AUGUGCCCGUCCUGCGAACCCGAGGCCGUCGCCAACGGCAACGGCCAUGUCAACGGCACCUCCAAUGGCACCUCCAAUGGCAAGGCCAACGGAGCUGAUGCCCACCCUGGAUUCACCGGUCUCGAGACCAAGUUAAACCCCCACCACCGCUCAAACCCAUACCAGCCCGUCGGCGACUUCUUGAGCAACGUCUCGAAUUUCAAGAUCAUUGAGAGCACUCUGCGAGAGGGCGAACAGUUCGCCAAUGCUUUCUUUGACACCGCCAAGAAGAUCGAGAUCGCCAAGGCUCUGGAUGAUUUCGGUGUUGACUAUAUCGAGUUGACUUCCCCAGCUGCAUCCGAGCAAUCAAGGGCUGAUUGCGAGGCCAUCUGCAAGUUGGGUUUGAAGGCAAAGAUUCUCACACACAUCCGAUGCCACAUGGACGAUGCAAGAAUUGCAGUCCAGACCGGUGUUGACGGAGUUGAUGUCGUUAUUGGCACUUCUUCAUACCUCAUGGAGCACUCCCAUGGCAAGGACAUGGCCUACAUCACAAACACCGCAAUCGAAGUUAUCAACUACGUCAAGUCACACGGCAUCGAAAUCCGAUUCUCCAGCGAAGACUCCUUCCGAUCAAACCUGGUCGAUCUCCUCUCAAUCUACUCUACAGUUGAUAAGAUUGGUGUCAACCGAGUCGGCAUUGCUGACACUGUUGGCUGCGCAACCCCCCGACAAGUCUACGACUUGAUCCGAACCCUCCGUGGUGUUGUCAGCUGUGACAUUGAGACCCAUUUCCACAACGACACCGGAUGUGCGAUUGCAAAUGCUUACUGUGCAUUGGAGGCUGGUGCGACCCACAUCGAUACCUCAGUGCUGGGUAUUGGUGAGCGAAAUGGUAUCACCCCCCUUGGUGGUCUCAUGGCACGUAUGAUUGUUGCCGACCGAGACUAUGUCAUGAGCAAGUACAAGCUUGAGAAGCUCAAGGAUAUUGAGGAUCUUGUUGCUCAAGCUGUGGAAGUCAACAUACCGUUUAACAAUUACAUCACUGGCUUCUGUGCCUUCACACAUAAGAGCGGCAUUCAUUCGAAGGCUAUUCUCAAUAACCCAUCAACGUACGAGAUCAUCAAUCCGGCGGAUUUUGGCAUGACAAGAUACAUCCACUUUGCAUCACGUAUUACUGGAUGGAAUGCCAUCAAGUCAAGAGCUAUUCAGCUUGCUGCACAGUUGAACAUCGAGAUGACCGAUGAACAAUACAAGGAAUGUACUGCCAAGAUCAAGUCCCUGGCCGACAUUCGCCCAAUUGCUGUUGAUGAUGCCGACUCCAUCAUCCGUGCUUUCCACCGCAGCAUCAAGUCGGGACAGGAUGUCGAUCUUCUGCCCAACAUGACUGACGAGGAAAGGGCAUUGUUUGCCAAGAAGGAGAAGGAGAGUGCGAUACCCGAGAAGAGACAGCCGGAUGCAGCUGUCGAUGCCCCCGUGGCCAAGAAGCUCAGAAACGGUGUCGCAGCAUAAGGG